AUGAGCAGGCCACGCUUCUUCAACGCGCCCCGCAAGGGCGAGAACUUCGAGCUUCGAGCCGACCUCAACUCCGAAUACCGCGACCGCAGGAAGGAUGCCAUCAAACGGGUCAUUGCCAACAUGACCGUCGGCAAAGACGUCAGCGGUCUCUUCCCAGACGUACUCAAAAACAUGCAGACCGAGGAUCUCGAGCAAAAGAAGCUCGUCUAUCUCUACCUCAUGAACUACGCCAAGACCCAACCCGAACUUGUCAUUCUCGCCGUCAAUACCUUCGUCAAGGACUCCGAAGACCCAAACCCACUUAUUCGUGCGCUUGCAAUCCGCACCAUGGGCUGCUUACGCGCAGAGAAGAUCAUCGACUACCUCUCGGAUCCGCUCGAAAAGUCAUUGCGCGACGAGAACCCAUACGUCCGCAAGACAGCUGCUAUCUGCGUUGCCAAGCUCUACGACCUCAAGCCCGAAUUGGCCAUCGACCGCGGCUUUGUCGGCAUGCUCAAGGAUAUGGUCGGUGACAGCAACCCAAUGGUCGUCGCAAAUGCCGUCACUGCCCUCACCGACAUCCACCAGACCGCGCUCGAGAACGAUCCCACUGGCCAGUCCGCUGUCUUUGUCCUCGACUCCGAGAUUCUCACCAAGCUGCUUAUCGCGCUCAACGAAUGCACGGAAUGGGGUCGCAUCGCCAUCCUCAACUCUCUCGCGCGGUACCGUGCCCGGGACGAGAAGCAAGCCGAGCACAUCUGCGAACGAGUCAUGCCCCAGUUCCAACACGCCAACGGCAGUGUCGUCCUUGGCGCCGUCAAGGUCGUACUCAUCCACAUGGCCAAGGUGCGCAACAACGACGAGCUCAUCAAGCAGCUCGUCCGCAAGAUGGCGCCACCAUUGGUCACACUCAUCUCGUCCGCUCCUGAAGUGCAGUGGGUCGCGCUGCGCAACAUCAACCUCGUGCUGCAAAAGCGCCAAGAUAUCUUGCAGAACGAGCUCCGAGUGUUUUUCUGCAAAUACAAUGACCCUUCGUACGUCAAGCUGGAAAAGGUCGAAAUCAUGAUCAAGCUCGCCAACGAGCGCAAUGUCGACAUGCUCCUCUCCGAGUUGAAGGAGUAUGCGUCAGAGGUGGACGUCGACUUUGUACGAAGAGCCAUCCGCGCCAUCGGUCAGUGCGCCAUCAAGAUCGACGCUGCUGCGGAACGAUGUGUCCACGUGCUGCUCGACCUCAUCGCGACCAAGGUCAGCUACGUCGUUCAGGAAGCGGUCAUCGUCAUCAAGGACAUCUUCCGCAAGUACCCGCACAACUACGAAGGCAUCAUCCCUACGCUCUGUUCGAACCUCGAAGAGCUCGACGAGCCCGAAGCCAAAGGGUCGCUCAUCUGGAUCCUUGGCGAAUAUGCAGACAAGAUCUCGAACGCCGAAGACCUGCUAGCGCACUUCCUCGACACGUUCACCGAGGAGCCGUAUCAGGUGCAGUUCCAGACCCUCACGGCCAUCGUCAAAGCGUUCCUCAAGAAGCCGGAUAGCAACCUCGCGCAGCAGAUCGUGCAGCAGGUACUGGAGAAAGCGACCAAACAGUGCGACUCGCCGGAUCUGCGCGAUCGCGCCUUCAUCUACUGGCGUCUUCUGUCGUCAUCCGACAGCGCUGCGGGGAGGAACGUGAUCCUGGCUACACGACCGCCCAUCUCGAUCCCUCUGACCACCGUGCCACCAGCGGUACUGGACGAGCUCGUCUCAGAACUCUCCAGUCUCGCUAGUGCCUACCACAAGCCCGCUGCGACGUUCAUCGGCAAGGCACGGAUCGGCGCAGAUGGCGUGCGCAACGGCCAGCUCGGCGAGGCGGAGGACGACAUCACCCGUGAAAAGGCGCUGGCGACGGUGGUGCAAGGCCAAAAAUCCGAAAACCUGCUCGACUUCGGCGACGACGACGUCGACAUUCCGGCUAAGAACGGCAACGGUGCAGGAGCGCUAGGUGCGCUGAGUGGGCUGGAUGACCUGAUCAUCUCUUCGCCGGCUGGCAACAGUUCCGGUGGAGGUGCGGGCCAGACGAGUGGUGGAGGAUUGAAUGAUCUUUUGGGUCUAUUCGAUGCUGCGCCGGGAGCGGACGAGCCAGGGGCGCAAAGCGGCGUGCAGGCGUUGAAGGCGCUCAGUACGACACCGGCGAACAACGGUUUCUUUGGCUCACCAACACAACCCAGCGCGACGACGGUGACCACGGCGAAACCCGCACCCACUUCGGGUCAGGAUGACUUGCUAGGCUUGUUCUGA